GGAAGAAAUCAAAUAAUUGAGCAGGUGUAAGAAACACGUGGCAGAAAAAAGUAUAAUUCUGUUUUAGCCUUUUCUCUUUAUAAAUCAAUCAUCUAAUCUGCUCGACUCUCGACAUACACUUGACCAGAGAGAGAGUGAAAAAAACAACCUGCAAAGAUUAAAAAUGGCGACUCUUAAGGUUUCUUCUUCGGUUCCUUCCCCAUCUGAAGAUGCUGAGCAGUUGAAAACCGCCUUUGAAGGAUGGGGUACCAACGAGGACUUGAUCAUAUCAAUCUUGGCUCACAGAAGCGCUGAACAGAGGACGCUGAUCAGGCAAACAUACCAUGAAGUCUUUGGAGAAGACCUUCUCAAGAGUCUUGACAAGGAACUCUCAAGCGACUUCGAGAGAGCAAUCUUGCUCUGGACUCUUGAGCCCGGGGAGCGUGAUGCCUUGUUGGCUAAUGAAGCUACCAAAAGAUGGACUUCAAGCAACCAAGUGCUUAUGGAAGUAGCUUGCACAAGGACCUCAACACAGCUGCUUCACGCCCGGCAAGCUUACCAUGCUCGUUUCAAGAAGUCUAUUGAAGAGGAUGUCGCUCACCACACCACCGGUGACUUCAGAAAGCUUUUGGUUUCUCUUGUCAGCUCAUACAGGUAUGAAGGAGACGAGGUGAACAUGACAUUGGCAAAGCAAGAAGCUAAGCUGAUCCAUGAGAGAAUCAAGGACAAGCACUACAGCGAUGAGGAGGUCAUUAGGAUUUUGUCCACAAGGAGCAAAGCGCAGAUCAAUGCUACUUUCAACCGCUACCAAGAUGAUCAUGGCGAGGAAAUCCUCAAGAGUCUUGAGGAAGGAUAUGGGGACGACAAGUUCCUCGAACUGUUGAGGUCAACGAUUCAGUGCUUGACAAGACCUGAGCUUUACUUUGUGGAUGUUCUUCGCUCAGCAAUCAACAAAAUCGGAACAAACGAAGGAGCUCUCACUAGAAUUGUAACAACAAGAGCUGAGAUUGAUUUGAAGGUCAUUGGAGAAGAGUAUCAGAGGAGGAACAGCAUUCCAUUGGAGAAAGCCAUUACCAAAGACACUCGUGGAGAUUACGAGAAGAUGCUCGUCGCACUUCUAGGUGAAGAUGAUGCUUAAAUCAAACAACCCUCCUCUCUUUGUCUCUCUUUUCUUGAAACCGUUUGAUGCUGUUCUUUAAAAACUUUGUUUGUUGUGUUUUGAGUUUCCAAAUAAUGCAAAAGCGAGAAAGAGAGGGAACAGUGUGGUACUCUUAAGUUAUACUAUAACAAAAGCAAUGGCUUUAAAAGCCAGGUUGCACGGAA